AUGUUCAAUCAUGCUUGUGUAAUAGGAUUUCCAGGGGAUUGGCCAGUAUGUCAUGGCACUUCAAUAGAGUUUGUUGACCACAAAGAAGUACUCUACAGUACUAGUUAUGGUAAAAGAUGGCUGUUAACAUUCAUCUACUUAUGCAGAAUAUUAUCUGAGGAAACCGUAGAGCGUGCAACCUUGGAGCAGUUGGUUCAACAAAUAUACCAAAACUUCAAUAAACAGGAUUAUUUUAAAUUGGGAAGUGCUUUGGUGUUUCUUCUUCAACAACCAGACCUUUUACCAAGUCCAACUCAACGUUUGUCAGCUAUUACUAUUCUUCAUGAAUUGUACAGAGGAGAACCACCACCUAGCAAUCCAUUUUUACCAGUGUUUGUCAAUCUACUGCACCCACCAGAUGAUAUAGCAAAAGGAAUUGGGAAAAAAUUAGAAUUUGCUGGUCAGCUGCCCAGAAUCAGUCCAUCAGAAACCGUAUUUUUAUCAACCCUCAUCACAGACAAAAGUGGCAAGGAGUUACUGAAAAGAACAGCAGCUCAGAUCAUGAGUCUGGAUGUAUCGAAUCACCCUCCUGUGGACACAACUGCCCUCAAAAUGAGCUUAACGGAAGUCCUCGCUGAUCGUCCCUGCACAGCCAAAAGUGCUAUUCCCGUUGUUUAUUCCCAUCCGCAAGCGCUACCUACACCCGGUUUGUUGAGUGAAAUUGGUCAAGUCAAGAGAACCUGUGAAGCUUUACUUAGUGGUCCAAAACCAACUUUAGCACAGCAAUACUUUACUCCUGAAAUCAUCAGACUAACACCCCCUUUACAUGUUGCUGAAGAUGAGCUGGUUUGGAUAACGUCUCUGGAUCGUGCAGAACAUAAAAUAACCUAUGACUCAAGUAUGUGUGUCCUUAGCGGAGGAGACGCGGAGGCAAAGAGACUGAUGGCCAAAGCUUUCAAGGAAACCUUGUCACUACCACAACAGCAGCACCUUUUGGCAGAGCUGGACAAAGACCCUCGAAUGGUUUACCAUACUGGGCUGACUCCGCCAAAGGUUGGUUACUGAUCUUUGAAUUAGUAU